GCCUCGGCGACGUGGGGCGGAUGCGGGAGGUGCUCCUCGCGGCGCGCCGCGCGCGCUACGCCCGCGUCCCGGACGACGACGACGGCUACCCGUACCCGCAGGAAAGUAGGAGUUCUGAGAGGGUAAAUUGUAAGAUCAGCUACUUAUCUAGUUAUCCGCUGAAAAGUGUUAGAACAGAUCCUGUCGAGCAUCAAGCUUCUGUCCCUGAGUGGAAAAAUGCUCCAUCUGUGGAAUAUACUGAUGAUUACAAAGCUGCAACCUUACCAAAACUGGGCACAGUUGUCUAUCCACUAAACAUGGAUAUCUCAGCAACUAACAAAUCAGAGAAGAAGAGGAAAAGAUUGGUAGACAAGUGUAAGUGUUCUUGUCCUGGAUCUGAGGACUGUGUACGAGUUCACGUAAAGAAGGCAAGGAGCUGGAUCAAGGAUCAGUUGGGUGAGGAAGCUUUCAAAAACUGUGGGCUAGAUGCAAUGGGUGAGCAAGUUGGAGAGCAAUGGACCACAGUUUUCAAAAGGAAACUUGAAAAAGUUGACAAGUUGAUUCCUCAGAAUAAACAUCAGAAAUUCAUGGGGAUUGCCUUGAAGGAGCUCGGACAGAAGGAAACAAAGGAUUUGGCGAAGUAUUACUACAAUGUUUUUCUUCCCAGAAGAUUGGCAAGCUUGACCAGGGCAGAGCAUAAAAAGGACGAAGCUGUUGAUACGAGUGAUGAAAAGAGUGAUCAAGAGGAUGACGAGAAUGAACAACAUCCUCGAAAGAAAAGUAAAAAAAGCUCUGGAUCCUCUUCCACAAGGUGCAAGAAGUAGAAGAGUCAGAGGAAUUCGACGGGUGGGCCAACAGUUACGUUGCAGUGGAAGAAGAAUUAACAGUUUUGUUGCAGUGGAAGAGGAAUUAACAGUUUUACUGCGGUAGAAGAAGAAUUAGGAAACUUGAGAAAGCGGGUUGAUGUGAUAAGAGUUUGCAGUGGAUCAAGACUGAUAUCCGGACCCAUGCAGUCGCAGAUCACCAGCGGUCGUAUAAGUAUGAGAUUCUUACCAUAGUUACCGGUGAUGGGCAUCCUAAGCAGGUUUCACCGUCACCACAACAUUUGAUGUAAACAUGUGUUCAUGAGUUCGCUUCAUUUUUUAUUUGUUGUUGAUGUAAUGUGCAUGGCACAAAGGAGAGAAGGGAGGUGAUAUAUGGGGAGUGGGCAUAGAGCCUGUCCAGAAAUGCAUUUAGGUAUUCUUUUGGUU